UGGUUCCAGCCUGGCUGGUUUGUGUUUGCCAGAGUUGAUUAGACAGAGUAGUGAUUAGGCUCUCCAAAUAAUCCACCUCCAGUUAAUAAAAUGUUGCUGGAACCCUGAAAGAGCUGAGGAACAUUGGCUCUGUCAUUCAUUUUUUUUUUUUUUGAGUAAUUUGUGUAGCCCUGGCCACUAUAUUCAGGCAAAUGUCAGUGAUUGUUUGUGAAAAGCAAGCUUGAUCUGUGACUGCAAGUUUGCUUGAGCUGGAGGGAGCUGUUAGGCUGGCAAGUGGACAGGAUAUCAUGUGAUCUUUGUUAAUCAAAUGAACAGAUGCAGCCAGAGGAAAGCUACAGCUGUUCCUACAACUCACAAACCAAAAGUUAACAUAUACUGUUGUGCAAAAUACCAGGCCCAAAUUCACUGGUGGGUGGGGAAAGCUACUCUUGGAAGAUUAAGGAACCACAAAGCUGAAGUUAAUUGAAAUAUCUGUGUUUCUUAAAUCCCAGAUGAUGUGUUUUUUUUAGGUAAAUUGAGGGGGAGAUUGUACAAACCAGCAGUCUAUUGUUUUGCAUCAGCAUGUCAGUUGACUGCUGGUGAAGCAGUAAUAGAUAAAUUGCUUAGUGAUCCUGAGAAUAGUGCAUUGUUCUCAGUGUUUGACAGGCCAUCAAAAUGGCAUUUUAGUGUUUUAUAAACUCCCUUUUUCAUAAAUGGCUCUUGUCUGUUCAGUUUCUUACUAGGCUGCUUGUCCUGCAGCCCUAGGAAGGAGGAGAUAGAGCUUUAGAAUAAACUGCUUUCAGUAGCUGGCCUGUGCUUCAUAAGUCUUUGCAAAACAUGUGAACAGGACAUUGUACACCUCUUCACUGACUAGCUGAGUGUCCUUAGCUAAUGCCUUAUUGUUGCUGACUUAACCACUUCCCAGCUGAAUCUCAGCCCAGGUACAAUAUUUGCUCUUGCAGAGGGAUUAAUUAUUGAAAUCCUGGAUGGACGCAACUGGAGACGAGCUUUCCAAUCCCCUACAAAUUGUCUUCCUUGCUUGUGAAGAGGGCAGUAAUUCCCCCUGCUAGAUGCAAAGAAGCAUAGGACACAGCUGCCUUGGAAAAUUCAUUUCUUCAAUAAUUUAGAAGUUCCCAUCACUGUCUGUGGAAGCUCCUGUGCCACUUUGAACACAGCAAGGCAUCUGGCACAGGACAGUUGGGGACAGAAGAGCUUCAUUCACCCACAGUCACAUCCCUGUCUUUGACCAUGAGCCGCCCUGAGUCUCAAAAGACUGGGACUGGUGGGAAGAAUGCUGAUUCUCCUCCAAAACAAGUUAUCUUCAGAAAAAGCACCCGUGACAAAGCUCUGACCAUCUACCUGGGAAAGCGGGACUACAUUGACAACAUAGGGAAUGUAGAACCUGUAGAUGGUGUUGUAUUGGUGGAUCCUGCUAUUAUCAAGGGGAAAAAAGUGUUUGUGUCGCUGACGUGCGUGUUCCGCUACGGCCAGGAGGACAUCGACGUGAUCGGCCUCGCCUUCCGCCGGGACCUCUUCUUCUCCAGGGUCCAGGUGUACCCGCCUGCUGACAAGCCAGAGUCUCUCACCCUCUUGCAGGAAUCUCUGCUAAAGAAGCUGGGCAAAAAUGCUUAUCCCUUUUUCUUUACAUUUCCAGAUUACCUGCCUUGCUCAGUCUGUCUGCAGCCUGCACCUCGUGAUGUUGAUAAGACUUGUGGGGUGGACUUUGAGGUGAAAGCUUUCUCAACAGAAAAUGUGGAAGAGAGAAUUCAUAGGAGGAACUCUGCACGUCUGCUGAUCCGUAAGGUGCAGUAUGCUCCGGAGAAGCCAGGACCCCAGCCUUGUGCAGAGACCACCUGGCAGUUCUUCAUGUCCAACAAGCCCCUGCACAUGAAAGCCUGCCUCAGUAAAGAGGUAUACUACCAUGGUGAGCCCAUUCCAGUCACUGUCACCAUCAACAACAACACAGACAAAACUGUGAAGAAGAUCAAAGUCCAGGUGGAGCAGGUGGCCAAUGUGGUGCUGUACUCCAGUGACUUCUACACCAAAGUGGUGGCUGCUGAGGAAGCACAUGAAAAGGUGCUGCCAAACAGUAGCCUGACCAAGACACUGACAGUUCUGCCCUUGCUUGCAAAUAACCGGGAGACACGGGAAAUAGCUCUGGAUGGAAAACUGAAGGAUGAGGACACCAACUUGGCUUCUAGUACCAUCAUUAAGGAUGGAAUAGACAAGACAGUGAUGGGGAUUCUGGUUUCCUACAAGAUCAAAGUGAAGCUCACUGUUCCAGGCAUACUGGGAGACCUCACUUCCAGUGAAGUGGGCACAGAGCUGCCAUUUCGUCUCAUGCACCCCAAACCUGAGGAAAAGAACCCAGCAGGGAAGGAUGGCGAAGCAGAGCUUGUAUUUGAGGAGUUUGCUCGUCAGAAGCUAAAGAAUACACCUGAUGAAGAGGACAAGAAUUCACCCUCAACUGAUGAGUGAUUAAAAGAACAGGCUGACAAA